GAUAACCUGGGGUUGCGCAAAGUAUAUGUACAUUAUUUAAUCGGCUAUAAAAGCACUGAAAGCACUAGCACCAGACAGUUCGAUUCUAAUUUUCUCAGCGAGCACACAUGAGGAUGCCAGCAUCUUAUCAAUUCGCAUUGACCUUUGCUUUGGUACUUGGCCACGUCCAACUUCAAGGCAUGGUUCUAGCUCGAGUCCUCACGCAAAAACAUCAAAGAUCAAACAUGACUCGCAUUACGCCAGCUCAUUCGCACCAUGCGGGAUCGAAUCACACAUUUUUUGGCCAAGAUAGUAGAUUGAAUUAUACAUCGAGUGCAUCGUUUCCAAAAAAUAUUACACUACCCGCUCGCAUAGUAAACCAAACGUGGACAUCACAAAAUUUUCAGCAUGACUUGGGAAAGUCCUCCCAGGCUCCUGUUCACAAUCAAACAUGGUUGUACACCCAUAAGACCUACUAUAGUUCGGCACCUUUACAUCAUCCAACGGGGCUUCAGUCGAGCGAAGUUCCGAGACAUGUUCCGACUUCAUCUAUAUGGGAAGGAUCCCCAUCCAGCAUUUUUAUAGCGGACAAUAAUACACAUGUCGGUAACUCAUCAUCCGGCUGGCAUCACGUAGGGAGCUACCAUAAUAGCUCUUUGGCUUCUGUCGCCUCAUCUGGCAAUUUCACGAGUCUACCAAUAGCACGAGGAGGCAAGCCAAACACCUCUAGUCCAUUCGCUAAUCUGGUUUAUUAAACCAAGCCGAUCCCCUUUUGAAACUAAUAAGGCCACUAUUAUUUCUAUUUUUUUCAAAAAACAAUUUAUUUCGCCACUCUCGUUGCAGCGUUGAAUUAAUUGGACCAUCGGUAUAAAUAUGAAUGUUGGUUGCUUUCCGGUAUUCCAGAAGUGUAAAAUAAAAUGUGUGUGUAGAAA